AUGGUCACGAGGGACUUCGCAAACUGGCCCAAGUAUUACAUCCUCGGCAACUGCGAGGAGAUGGUCUCGAAUCGUAUUUCGCACUUUCUCGACAUCCACGGCCCCAGCGCUACCGUCCAGACGGCGUGUUCCUCAUGUCCGGUGGCUGUGCACUUGGCCUGCAGGAGUCUCCACUCCGAAGAGUCGGAAGUGGCCAUCGCGGGUGGUCUGGCCAACUUGACGUUCUUCAACCCCGAGGGCCAUUCUCGGUCGUUUGAUGUAGAUGCUGGUGGCUAUGGUCGCGGUGAAGGUGCUGACGCCCUCAUUCACAGGCGGCUGGACAAGGCGCUUGCUGAUGGAGAUCCUAUCCGUGCUGUCAUCCGGGCCACGGGCGCCAACCCGGACGGGUGGGCACAAGGUGUGACGCUGCCUUCUGGCGAGGCACAGGCGUCGCUCAUCAAGUAUGUCUGUCGGCUAACCUAA